AAAAUGGCCGACUCAAUGAAAACUUUGUUGUGUCAACACAGGUCGCUAGAAAAUUACACUUUCUCAUACUUUGUAAAAAACAAUGCUAGUUAAAAUGAAUAACAUAAGUUCUCGAGAACGCCGCAUUAGUGGUUCAAAUAAAUCUACUGAGGUUAUGAACAGAUAUUCAGAUGAUGUUGAGUCCUUAAAUUCUUGGUCAGAAAUAACUGCUGGGGGCGCCUCUGGCCCUGGCUCAGCAAGCUCGAAUUUAUCAACAUCAUUCUUUACAUCAAACCCUGGAUCACGAUUAAAUUCAACUUCAUCUGGACGAGGAGUUCAAGGCAGAGAUGGUAAUAUUCAACCACUGCCUUUACUAAAUAAUAUCGCGGAACAUUUAUCAAAGUCACAAUUACAGAAAGCUGAUAAAAAUUAUGAGGUUGAGGCGGAGUUAUCAUCUCCUCCUCCCAUUUUUGAAAUUGAUUCAG